GCGCUCGCGCCCUCACCACCCCGCCCGCAGUCCGGGCUGGGCUGGGCAGCGUCUGCGGAGCUUCCCGGGGGCCGGCCCAUUCGGCCAGAGCCGCGCUGAGACCUGGUCGGCGUUGGUGCGGAGAGGAGGUGGCAGCGAGCCGUGAGGCCGGGCCCGCGCCCUGCCAUGGAGACCCGCUACAACCUCAAGAGUCCGGCUGUUAAACGAUUAAUGAAAGAAGCAGCGGAGCUAAAAGAUCCAACAGAUCAUUACCACGCACAGCCCUUAGAGGACAACCUUUUCGAAUGGCACUUCACAGUCCGGGGGCCUCCAGAUUCUGAUUUUGACGGAGGAGUUUAUCAUGGACGAAUUGUGCUGCCGCCAGAGUAUCCCAUGAAACCUCCAAGUAUUAUUCUCCUAACGGCUAAUGGACGAUUUGAAGUGGGCAAGAAGAUUUGUUUGAGCAUCUCAGGACACCAUCCUGAAACCUGGCAACCCUCGUGGAGCAUAAGGACAGCGUUACUAGCCAUCAUUGGGUUUAUGCCAACAAAGGGAGAGGGAGCCAUAGGUUCUCUAGACUACACGCCUGAGGAAAGACGAGCACUUGCGAAAAAAUCACAAGAUUUCUGUUGCGAAGGAUGUGGCUCUGCCAUGAAGGAUGUCCUGUUGCCUUUAAAAUCUGGAAGUGAUUCAAGCCAAGCUGACCAAGAAGCCAAGGAAUUGGCUAGACAGAUCAGUUUUAAGGCGGAAGUCAAUUCAGCAGGAAGGACUCUCACUGAGGAUUCCGACCUAAACCACUCUCUGUCACUGAAUGGUUUACAAGAUGACGUACCUCCAGCAUUCCAGGGUGCUACAGCCAGCACAUCGCUUGGAGUCCAGAACCCCGUGGCGGCCCCCGCCCCGCAGCCCGCCCAGCCUGCAGCCAGGAGCGCAUCGUUGAGCCCCCGCCAGCGCCGGGCCCAGCAGCAGAGCCAGAGAAGGCCGUCCUCCUCCCCCGACGCCGUCCCCGGCCCGCAGCCCAGAGUCAACCACACUGACCACGGCGGCUCAGCUGUGCUCAUUGUCAUCCUGACUUUGGCAUUGGCAGCUCUUAUAUUCCGUCGAAUAUACCUGGCCAAUGAGUACAUAUUUGACUUUGAGUUAUAAUAUUGUUUUGUGACUUCAGAGCUGUGACUCACUCAACUGCUUCAUUAAACAUUCUGCAUUGGGUAUAAUCUAAGAAUUGUUUACAAACAGAUAAUUUUGUAUUUACCUUUCAUUCCUUUUUCGAUCCUUACAAAUUCAGUAUAAAUACAGCUAGACAUUCAGGCUGUGUCCAGCAGCCACAGGGAAGCAUAUUGCUGCUUAGCUCACAGGGCUGGGAGUCACGUUCCUCGCCUCGCUGUUGGAUCUGCUUGCCAGGGAGGGAACUUGUUUCUCAGGCUUUAGCUUUUUUGUAUGUGAACCUUUUCCCUGUAGCCCUGUGGAAGUCUGAUGGCAGAGUGUUCCUGUGCGUGUCAGUGAGUCAGCACACUUUGCCUUGUGCUGAGUAACAAGGGGCAGAGGAGCUGAGAACAGAACUCCUCAGGUGACUUCUUGAAGAUGUCAUUGCUAGGAGACACCCUGAGAUGGCCCAUUCUGUUACUUUAUGUCCUAAGCAUUGGUCACUGAACCUAACUGGGUUUCAAAAAGUUGUGAGGAAAUGAGGUCACAUCUUUGUAUUGGAAAUGACUUGAAGUACUUUGUAGCCACUUUGAUAGCUGUUCCUCCCUUGCCCAGGUGGGCUCACAGUGAACGGGACAGAAAUAGUGCUCCCCAGAGCGUAAAGGAAAGAAGGGUCCAAGCCAAGGAAUUCCUUGAUUUUUCUUCUCAGUUAAGUAGGAAAAAUCUUAAGAUUUGAAUGUUUUUUUUUCUUCUUUGAAUUAUAUAUCUUUUGAGAGGUGUUAUUUGCCUAGCCUUGUAAUCACUAUACAUUUGAUUAUUUCAGGAAUAUGUAUAAUGUGGAACUAUUUUAUGAACCAUUUUAAUAGAAAAGCUCAGGGCUCACGUAACCGUGCUAGAAGUUAGGAAGGCCUUUACUUAGAAUUGUCCACCUAAUCAAAGCCCAAGAGAAAGAAUGUUUGGUGGGAAAAAUGAAGCUGUGACUUCAUGCCAGCCAGGUCCACUGACCCCAGCAGAUGUUUUUGUCAUCAUAGCAUCUGGUGAGGCACUACAAUCACAAGUAUUGCCUCCAGUGUGUUCGUUUGUUAGAAACACUGAGGGCAUUCUCGAAGUUGUUAAUUAUUAUUUGUGAAAUAUAAGCAAUCCCCAGCUUUCCAAUAGGUGAUAUUCUAGAAACACAUUUAGGAACUAAGAUUUUCUUCAGUUCAGUGUAGCUGCUGUUCAGCUUCUAGAGCAGUCCACAAAAGAUAGCCCCUAUGCAUAGUUGCAGGGAGAGCAUUCACAAAGUUCUCCGGUGAUUUUAAGUUACUGAAAUUAUGGGGAAUAUAAAAAUCAAAUCAUUUGAAAGGCAAAUUUGAUUUUUACUCCUGGGGCUUUUAAUCUGUUAACUCUGAGGCACAAUUUCUGGUUUUUAUUCAAUAACCAAUUUUACUUUAUGUCUGCAUCUAAAAUAAGAGCUUCCUGUAAGUAUACUGUGAUAUAAUACAGAAUUGUCUUAAACUUUAAUAAAUUAGCAUUUUAAAGUUGUCAAUAGGUUAUUUCUAUCUGUAUCUGUAACUGAAGUUGGUAGAGUCUAAAAAACCCAAAGACUUUAUGAAGACUUCAUAUGUCAAGAGAAAUUUUAUGUCACCAUUUUAUAAGUUUAUUGUCAUGAGAAAAUGCAUUCCGAACUCUUGGUUUGGAACAUAAGAUAGUAGAAAUGUUGAUUCUGAAGUCAUGGUCUCCUAGCAAGAAGUCACCAACCCAGCUGGAAUGCCAAGGAGCAGCAUGCCCUCAGAAGAAAGAAACCCUGCUGCUGGGUCGAAAUGGUGUGCUCAGAACAACCCCUGCGAGAAGGACCAGCCUCUGCACCCACUCGGCUCGCUGCGUGUUCCCACGGCGUGGACUUACAGGGCAAGAUCAGGCACUGUGCACAUCCUUCUCUGCCCCUCCUCUGUCAGCUACGUCACCACCUGUUUGCUUGUGUCGGGACGUUGCAACACCUGGUAUACACGUUGGGAAGUGGUAUACUUUGCUCUCUCUGCUCACUUCAUAUAUGUUCUAAAAUCUUUAAAUUGUCUGAGCCCCCUAUUGUAAGUAAGAUCAGUCUUUGGGGGACCAUUCUUACCAAAACCCUGCUGCAGGAUUUCUUCAGGGAACUUCCAUUUUUAUAGGCUGUUAAUACUAGCCUCAGAACAAAAUUGAGUGUGUAAACUGUAGCUCCUAGGUUUGGGAAUUCUCUAUUCCCCUGUUUAGAUAUUUUGGAAACUCAUGCUUUUUCCUUUGACGAACACAACACAUGACUGCGUAUCGAGGUAAUUAAAAUAGCAUGCUUGAAAAAGA